UGCACUGUAAUCUCAGCGUACCCGUCGCUCAUCGCAGCAAGUCACCAUGUUCUGGGGUAUUUAACCUGUUGCAAUGGCGAGGGGUAUCCUCACUAUCAACAAGCUCAACUGUUUUAAUGGCGUUUAUCACUAUUGCAUGCACCCUUGUGGUCUUGACCAGCAUCUGGAUCGUGAAGCAACGAUAUCAGGCCGCAAGGCGGUUGCCAUUACCGCCUGGACCGCCUGGACGUUGGCUUUUAGGAAAUGAGAUGCCAAAGUCAUAUGCGCCGUUUCAAUUCGCGAGGUGGACAGAACAAUACGGACCCGUAUUCUCGCUCAAACAAGGCCAUAGGAUUUUCGUGGUCAUAGGACGUCAUCAGGCUGCAGUGGAUAUCAUGGAAAAAGAGGGAGCAAAUCUCGCCGACCGCCCACGUUCUAUUGCAGUGCAAGAGACAUUAUCCGACGGGAUGAGAAUGGUCCUUGAGCGCAGUGGUGAGAAAUUGCGUCGGGUGCGCAGGGUCUUGCAUGCAGGUUUACAACCCAAGGUUGCGGCGACCUAUGAACCCAUCCAGACCAGGCAUGCGAGGAAUCUGAUUCUAGAUAUCUUAAAUGAUCCGAAGAACCACCAAAGUCAUGCCAUGCGUUAUGCAGCUUCCGUGGUCAUGUCCUUCACCUAUGGAAAAACUACUCCGACUUCGUACACAGACCCUGAAAUUGUUGCGGUCAAUAAAUCUCUUGCGCGUUUUGGUCAAGCUAUAAGGCCAGGAGCAUACCUUGUGGAUACAUAUCCAAUUCUGCGUUUCGUCCCAGGGUACCUGAGCCAGCUGAAGGCAUGGCACCAAGAAGAACUUGCUCUCUUUAACGGGCAGUUGGACGCGGUGCGAAGACAGAUGCGUGAGGGAACUGCAGAGCCGUCCUUUGGACGGUUCAUUUUAGAGCACCAGAAACAGUACCAGCUCGAAGAGAAGGGACUAGGAUAUAUUGCAGGGGGAAUGUUUGCUGCCGGUUCUGAUACUACUGCUUGUGCAAUCACAAUCAUGAUGAUGGCUGCUACCAUCCACACGGACGCACAGGCUCGCGUACAAGAGGAACUCGAUAACGUCGUGGGGCGUACGCGGCUGCCGACAUUUGAUGAUCAGGAAAUGCUGCCACAGGUUACCGCGUUCAUGCUCGAGAGUCUGAGGUGGAGACCUGUCGCCCUUGGAGGCUUUGAACAUCGCGCAACCAAGGACAUAAUUUGGAAGAACUACCUCAUUCCUGCAGGUGCGACUGUUAUUGGCAACCAUUGGGCUAUCGCCAACGAUCCUGAGGUCUUCCCAGAACCGCACAAGUUCAAUCCUCAGCGUUGGAUUGACGAUGCAGGUCGUGUGCGCGAUGAUCUCCGAUUUUUCACUUUUGGCUUUGGCCGCCGAGUGUGUCCCGGUCAGCAUGUCGCAAAUCGGUCUAUCUUCAUCAAUACAGCUCUUAUUCUCUGGGCUUUCCGUCUUUCUGAGAAUCCUGCAGCAAAGAUUGACACGCUUGCUUUCUCGGAUACUGCGGUUAUACAUGCUGCUCCGUUUGAGAUAUGUUUGGAGAAGAGGAUUGAUGAGAAUCUGAUCAGGGAACUGUGCGCACCUGGGAAGUAAAGGGCGUCUGUCUGGGAAAUUGCAAGUUCAGUAUGCUUAUAUAUUCAAAUAGUUGAUAGUACUUCAUACAUGCGUUGUGCGCUUGACACUUGUGUACAGUGCACGCCUUUGUGCGUGGGAAUCUUAGAUAUUCUUGUGGCUGUAUUGU